GAGCUUUCAAGACGAGUGCUGCGGAAAACUGCGAGAUUACAAUUCGGCGAUCGAGGAAGAGCACUUGUCGGCGGGGUCGCCAUGAACAUAGACUAUGUGAAGUGUAUUGCCAAGAGCGCCUUCGCCAGCACUGGGAGAAGGAGCAUGACUCUAGCGGAAUUCGCAGCCGAGUACAGAAAAUGCGAGGGAGCCGAAAUCCCUUUCCGGGACUUCCAAUACGCGACCCUCGAAUCCUUCCUGACAGAGGCUGUUGGAAUGAAGUAUAACGGGGGCUUGCUGUAUUGUGAUUCUGAAGAUGUGGAACACGUUCUGGCGCUGAUCCAAGGUCAGAAGUCCAAACCCAAGGUGUCGAGUACUCCGAUGAAUAGAAACAACUAUCGACCGGCUUAUUCAUCGCUGUCUAGAAAUGGUCACAGCUCUUCCUCUCUAGGUCUGAAUGAGCCCUCGACUUGGUCGACUAGCCGAUCCAUUCUAUCCCGCGAAGAAUUGGAGAGGCAUUGUCGUAGAAUUUAUCUGCCUCCUUUUCGAUAUGAAUUGGGGAUGAAACUUCGCCAAUGCUCUCCGGGAUGUUCACCCGAAGAGUUUCUUGAGCACUUUAAUCGAUCGAACGCGGCGAAGAAUCUCAAAAAUCUAGAUUUGAGGGGCUUAACCCUGAUGGAAUUCGUGAACGGUUUGACAGAUGUCUUCCGGGUCGAGACGGUAGGCGGCAAGACAAAGCUUUACCCCGCAAUUACAAGGUCGUUAUCUUCGUCUAAACUAGGAAACACGACGGCACCAUCGGGCUUUGCCAGCUCGAAGAAUCAGAUCUCCUCCCGAUCCUCCAUUAUCCCCCCCGCUCCGAUGAGCCUCCCGGUCGCUGCGAAUCCUCUGCCGAGUGUCAAUGAAGUCAUUCCGAUCUUCAAGCGAGUCAACGAGCUUUUCGCAGGCGCAGAGGUUAGCAUGGCGGACUAUCUGGAGAAGGUCGGCGCGUUGGGGGGAGCUGGUGUGACCGCCUGGUUGAGAGCGAAGCGCUUCAACAUGGAUACCUUCGCGUCAUUUGUCGAAGGGAAAACGACAGGCCAUGUCAUUGAGAAGGUUCCGGGCGGCGAGGCGAUCCGCAUUCGAUUCAAUAACGCUGCAAGCUCUCUCCCUGCGAGAGAUCCGCCUCGAAUAGCCCCGCCCAGCCAUGCCAAGCUCAACGAUCUAUCUGGUGUAGGAUUUGAGCCUUACUCAAAUUCAUACAGAGUGGAGAGGUUGUCCAGCGAUAACAUCAGCGUGGACCUCAGCAUCAACAAUUUCGAUACAGAUACGAUGUGCGUAAACUUCACGCUUGUCGACGACUUGCAGCGGCGUUUGGAUUUAAUGAGCCGAAUGCGCCACCGAAUGUAUGAGCGCUUGUCUCCACCGGAGAUCGAGUGCGGCAUGGCGUGCAUUGCCUUCCAGAAGGCCGACCCGCCUUUUUGUCGUGCCGCAAUCGUGAGAGUGAAAGAUUUGGACAAGGUAGAGGUUUUCCUCGUUGACUUGGGCAUGAGGCUUUUUUACUCGUCCGAGAAUCUCUACCGGAUCCCAGAAGAACUCCUCGAAGAGAAAGUCUACUCGUAUCCUGGGACUUUCGCUUACAUCAGCGCACCAGACGGUAGCGCCAAUCUUGGACUCGUGGCUCUGCAGAGCAUCAAGAUCGAGUUGGACUCCGCGAUUGUGAAAGGUCGAAUUGUCGGCUUUUCCGAAGAGGAGCGCAAAUACGGACUCGAUCUCGAGGGCACAGCCUUGGACCUCCAAAACAAAGGCUUCAUAUCCUACAAGAAACCCAGUCUCCGCGUCACGAACGGAGAUCAGUCCACGAGCUCCCAGGCUCAAGCUCAGCCGCGAGCAAACGGACACACCGAUAGCGAAGACUUGAGCCGAGUGACGAUCAGCAACAAGGUGCUACCGAACUGCGAAACCGUGAUGAUAGUACAGCGCAACGGCCUCUCCUUCAUCCUGUCCAGUGAUGUAUCUCGUCUACUCGAACUGGAAGAGGACACAUUCUUGAGAACCCUCGAAGAAAACAAUAUUGCUGUUUUAGGGGGUUGGAAUCCCAGCCGGGAACUUUUGGAGAAGCUUUCGCGAAGCCAGGAUGGUGUGUCAACGAUAGACAGUGAAGCGGUUCUCAUGCCUCUGUCAGCCGUCGCACCCCUAGUCAGAGCGUACCUCUGGGUUACGUCCACUACGCUGAAGAAUGAGAAGCAUUUAUUGAGAGCUUUGACCCCAGCUAGCUCAUCACGAGCCCUUCCGUGA